AUCUUUUUCUGUACGGAUUAGAGAAACAGAUCAGAUUCUUUGAAGAAGACACAGCGCGUGGUGUACACUAGCGAGAGUGAGUGUUAGCUUUGUUCUGAGCCACAAGAUAUCUCUCUCUCAGUGUCAACCUUCUCGAAAUUUCCAUGAACAUUAAAUAAUGAUAAAAAUCUGAAUCUGACGUGGCACAUCUCUGCUAUUUAAUAUAAAAAAUUGGUCACUUGCUAUUUCUAGUACCUUCUUUCUUUCUUCACUCUCUCCUGUCUCCUCUUCUCACUGUUUCCUAUUUCGUAAUUUUCUCGAGAAAUCGUCUUUUCUUGUUUACGCUAAUUUGAUUUCUCGAGAAAAAAAAAAGGAAGCAGAAGAAGAUUCUUAUUUUAUCUUUACACUGUUCAGAAAUCUUCGGUGGACGGAUAACUUGCAGAGUUCUGAUUGAGGCUGGUUUUGUGAGAAUUAUAGUUGCAGCAAGAAAGCGUUUCAGAUAUUUUUUAAUGGCCGCUGAGGAUCGAAGUGAGGAACUAAGCAGCAAUGUAGAAAAUGGAAGUUGCAAUUCCAAUGAAGGAAUUAAUCCUGAAACCAGCAGUCAUUGGAUUGAAAACGUUGUCAAGGUUAGGAAACCGUACACAGUAACUAAGCAGAGAGAGAAGUGGAGUGAGGAAGAGCAUGAUAGGUUUCUUGAAGCUAUCAAGCUUUAUGGUCGUGGUUGGCGUCAAAUCCAAGAACACAUAGGUACAAAAACCGCUGUACAGAUACGAAGCCAUGCUCAAAAGUUCUUCUCCAAGAUGGCUCAGGAAGCUGACAGUAGAAGUGAAGGAUCGGUUAAAGCGAUUGUGAUCCCGCCUCCUCGUCCAAAGAGAAAACCGGCACAUCCUUAUCCUCGGAAAUCGCCUGUUCCAUAUACUCAGUCUCCUCCACCAAAUUUGUCAGCUAUGGAGAAAGGAACCAAGUCUCCAACCUCAGUGUUAUCAUCGUUUGGUUCAGAGGAUCAAGUCAAUAGAUGCUCUUCGCCUAAUUCGUGUACCAGUGACAUCCAAUCCAUUGGUGCAACUUCCAUUGAUAAAAAGAAUAACUACACAACAUCCAAGCAACCUUUCAAAGAUGAUUCUGACAUUGGUUCAACACCCAUUUCAAGCAUUACUCUUUUCGGGAAGAUUGUCCUUGUCGCGGAAGAAUCUCACAAACCAUCCUCUUACAAUGAUGAUGAUCUUAAACAAAUGACGUGUCAGGAGAAUCACUACUCAGGGAUGCUAGUUGACACUAAUUUAUCUCUUGGUGUAUGGGAAACGUUUUGUACUGGUUCUAAUGCAUUUGGCUCGGUUACAGAAGCAUCUGAGAACUUGGAGAAAAGUGCAGAGCCGAUAAGUUCUUCAUGGAAACGGUUAAGCUCCUUAGAAAAACAAGGAUCUUGUAAUCCUGUAAAUGCAAGUGGGUUCAGGCCAUACAAGAGAUGCCUAUCAGAAAGAGAAGUAACAUCAUCAUUGACGCUGGUAGCUUCAGAUGAAAAGAAAAGCCAAAGAGCACGUAUAUGCUAGUUUUAGCCAUUGUACAGUUUGGAGUCAAUUUUGAUGAUCCGUGAACAUUGUUUUAGCCAUUUGCUGGGUGACUUGGAUCAUAGCAUUCCACGAACCAAAUCCUAAAUCCGAGUUGGUAAGUGGUUUUACUUGUCCGCCACAUGUAAUUCUUGUAAUGAAGUUUCUCCUGCUGUCUCACGUUAAGAAGACACUUCUUUUUUUCUUCAUAUACAAAUCAGUUUUAACAGUGUAUUUGUUUGGCCAACUAUUCCUAGCUCUGUUUCAAUCUUAGGUCUGGUUUAUGAUUAUUAGCCUUAAGACCAGUCUUAAUGUUAAAAGGUUUUUACAUUAAGCAGAUUAAUAUACGAGUGAAACUUCAAACUCUGAGAA